AGCCACUCUGUUGGUUUCUUUUAACGUCUCGGGUUCGAUUCCAAAUUUCAUAAUUUGAGAUAAAAUAUCUGUAAAAACGUUAUCUUCUUCCCAAAUUUCUGAUUUUUUGAGAUUCUCUCCAACUCAUCUUCUUCGAGUGACUUGUACAGAUUAGGUUUUUUUACUCGUUAUUGUUCUCUCCUUGAUUGUGGUCGAUGACCUCGCUACUCCUUCUCAGAACUCUUCCGCUACUCCGUAAUGGUUUUUUAAACCACCGUAACGUAGCUGGUGGAUUCCUCUCUCAGCGUCGGCGUUUAUGGUGUUCGCUUGCUGAGAAACCACAGUUUUUUGAGGAUGAUUCUGCGGCGGAGCAAUCCAGUGCGGCUAUGAAUACGGCGUCACCGGUUGUUGAUAACAGCUGGCGUUUUGAAGAUCCUGAUUAUCGGAAAUGGAAGAAUCUAGAAGCGGAGAUACUCCGAGAUAUUGAACCUAUUUCUCUUCUCGCUAAAGAAAUUCUUCAUUCGGAUAGGUAUUUUGAUGGAGAACGGUUAGAAUUUGAGGAUGAGAAGGUUAUAAUAGAAAAGCUUCUUGCUUAUCACCCCUACUCGAAAGAUAAAAUUGGCUGCGGUCUUGAUUUUAUAAUGGUUGAUCGGCAUCCUCAAUUCAGGCACUCGAGAUGCCUCUUUGUUGUCAGAACAGAUGGUGGAUGGAUAGAUUUCUCGUACCAGAAGUGUCUUCGAGCCUAUGUCCGAGAUAGGUACCCUUCGCACGCUGAGAGGUUUAUUCGUGAACAUUUUAAACGUGCUAGUAGCUAAAAUCUGUAAUACCGCCCCUCUCAUCAUCACACAGCAACUUCUCAUAUAAAUUUUGCUGAAAUCACACAAUCAGCUCUGAAGCAUUGUUGUACAAAAUUUAUAAUUGCUCAAAUCUAUUGGAAAGGCCUGAAUCAGUUAGGAAAAUAUCAGAAUAGUAGUAGUUGGUUGGUUCAGAACAUUUCUGGAUACUAAAAAUUUCAGUCUUUGGAGAAAGAAACAUUUGAAUAUUGUAAAAAC